AUGCCGCCACAACUGGAGGGGGGGGGGCGCGGAUUCGCCAACAAGGAAGGAGUGGGUGUCCAAGAUGGUGACACCGUGUGGGUCAAGCGGAGUGUGGAGGUGGGAGGCGUCGGGUCUCCUGUAGACGGCGCCGUUACGACGGUCGAGGGGAUGCAGCAGGGAGGGGGCUCCGCAGGAGGAGGGGACGUUUGCGGUAGUCUCGCGGAAGCAACGGCGAGGAUGCACUUAGCAGAUCCUCACGAAGGGGGAGAUGAGGAGGAAGGGCACGACCAUCUCCUCAGCGGCGGUGACGGCGAGGAAAAACAGGACUGGUCGCAGGGCGACGAAGACAGAGAAGAGAGGGAGCGGGAGCCCCAGCCCAAGUUCGCACUCAAGGUCCUUGUGCCGGGUAUCACUGCGGGCUGCCUCAUCGGAAAGGGAGGCAAGAUCAUCAACCAGAUCCAGACGAACACCAACACUCGUGUGAAGCUGUCGCAAAAGAACGAGUUCUUCCCGGGGACGCACGACCGCGUCGCCCUCGUGCAGGGGGAGCAGCCCACCCUGGUGGCAGAGGCCGUCGCGGAGAUGCUCCGCCGGCUCAGAGAGGCUGCUAGGCCGACCCCGCAAGCGCCGUUCAUGGGCGGGGGAGUUCCGUACUCCACCGUGCACGAAGGGUACGGCAGCGGGGGGCUAGACGGGCCCCACGGGAGGGACGCCCAGGUCACGAUCAGGCUCCUGGUGCCCCUGGCCGCAGGUGGACUGAUCAUCGGGCGAGGUGGGGAGACCAUCAAGGCCAUCGGUGCCCGGACCGGGGCUCGGGUGAUUCUUGCUGGCAAAGAUGCCGAUGUCGCAGGGGUGCCUUCGGAGAGACUGUGCUCCAUUCAGCCUUCCAUGAUGGAGAUGGACGCACGCAAGACAGCGGGCACAGCAGCGUCGCCCGCGACUUAA